AUGGCGCUGCCCACGGCGCGCGUCGCGGCGCUCAUGGGUGUCCUCUCGUCCAUCGGCUGCACAGCUGCUGUCAAGCUCUUCGGCGCGCAGGAGGUCGGCGCGCCGGAGGCGCGCGCCCGCGUGGCCACGACGGCGCAGAGCUGCGAUGGGUCCGCGCUCGGUGCGACUGUCGUUCGGGAGUCGGACGUGGGAUACAACGCCUCGCGCAGCCAGUGGGCAUCCACCAUGUCUUCGUCAGCCGUCGCCGACGCAAGGACGAGACCUCACAUGAUCGUCUACUGCACCACCGAUGCCCACGUGCAGGAAGCGGUGUCUUUCGCCAAGGGCUGCGGCUUCUCGAUCUCGGUGCGGAGCGGUGGGCACAACUAUGCGGGCUUGUCCUCCUGUCCAGAAGACUCCCCGCAGUGCAUCCAGGUGGACCUGUCAGGCAUCGAGACGUUCGCCGUGAACACCGCAACGAGCCCGGCGCAGGUCACCAUCGGGUCUGGGCUCAUCAUGGAGCAGGUCUACUCGAUGCUGAUGCCCUACGGGCUGACCGUCCCAGGUGGGACGUGCAAGACCGUUGGCGUCGGGGGACACUACCAGUCGAGCGCCGCUGGCUAUCUCGUGAGGUCUUUCGGCCUUGGCUUAGAUCACGUGAAGUCUUUCAGGAUCGUCUUGGCGGAUGCACAGGUGCAUGUCGUCGACGAGAGCUCGGACCCCGAGUUGUACUGGGCGCUGUUGGGCGGCGGGCCUGGCAGUUGGGGCAUCGUGCUGGACUACACCCUUGACACGAUAGCCUACGCCGACGCUCCGCAUACGUCAACGUGGACGUUUCUCUACCCGUACUCACGUGCGAUGUUACACGCCCUCGGGAGCUUGUGGAGCAGUCAGAUGGCGGACCCAGUGGUCGAGAGAGACCUCAUGCUGCUCUUCAUGGUGCACCCAGGAGUGCUGUUCGGUUUCAACGACACCUACGAGCACUACAUCAUGGUGCGGGGAGUCUGGACGGGCAUCGACAACGGUGCUUUGGCUGGUAGUCUGUAUACCCAGUACGUGACACCUUUUGAAGCCAUACCUCACCUCACCCUGGCACCUGUCACCCCAGUUCCGGUGCACGCGAUCCAGGGCGCCUUGGCGACCAGUUGGGACCUGGGCCCCUUCAGGUCCCACAUCCACGGCUUCGCCACGAAGUCAUGGCCCGAUGCGGUGUUCUACGAUGCCAUUGCGGACGAGGUCGAGAUCCGUCUCGCAAUCCCAUACCUGCACUUCUCCUUUCAGCUGUGGGCCUUUGGCGGCCAAGGCCGAAGGAAUGCGGGCCAGAACGCUUACGCCAAUCGGGAAGCCGAGACCUGGGUGGACGACUGGGUCUUCUUCCUGGGCGACGGGAUGGCUCAGGUUGCCGAGGACAGGAUCUGGGCGUUCCGAAACACGACGGGCCACGAGUGGGAAGAGGACAACAUCCCCCACAGCUGGAUGACCCCGGACACCCUGACCCAGAAAACCCACAGUGGAGCAGCCGACUUCGCCAUGAACGAGAGCUGGUUCGCGCGCCUGCAGGACGUGAAGACCAGGGUCGACUCCGCCGACCUCUUCCGCACGUCGAUGACGAUACCGGCCAGGGGGUCAGCCAGUGCCGCCGGAGACCCGCACUUGCAGAACAUCCACGGCGAGCGGUUCGAUUUGAUGCAACCUGGCUGGCACACUCUGCUCGAGAUUCCGAGGCAGGCAGCCGCCCAGCAUGUGCUGCUGCUUGUUGAGGCGGAGGCGCGUCAUGAUGGUCCGGCGUGCACGGACAUGUAUUUCAGAAGCCUGAACAUCACUGGGGAGUGGGCCGAGGAGAAGCAGAAGGGUGGCUUGCGCUUCCACGCGCACCAGUCUGACGGCACGGCAUCCACGUGGAUGAAGUUCAACAGGUUGGACCUGAAGGUCACGCACGGGCGCACCUUGCAGGGCACCCGCUACCUCAACUUCUUCGUCAGUCACCUUGCGAAGACGGGCUUCGCCAUCGGAGGCUUGCUCGGAGAGGACGACCACACGAAGGCAGCGACCCCGGAAGCGUCUUGCCGGCGCGGCGUUUCCCUCCUGCAGGGGACGAGCGGCAGGGCCGAGGAGGGCGCGUCUUCCGCCUCGAGCGCAGAGGCGAGCCUGGCGUAG